GCUGCAUCUCCCCACUCCCUCUCCUCUUGUCGCCUUGGUAACCGAAAAGGGGGGCUCAGGGCCAGAGGGAAGGAAAGGUACCCAGACUAUUCACAUGACCCCUCUCAUAUUGUUAUCUCUGUGUUUGGAUAUACAUCGUUUGUUAUUGGGCCCAGAGAGCGACAAUUGAUCGGUCAGUCAACUAAAAGCAGAUUUGCGGGUCAAUUGAACGGGAAUCGCAUUGCGGAUGCACAGACUUAAAGCAUGGCAGCAGGCUGAUCCAUGUGCACGCCCUGUAGGGAUCAGACAUGUCAGACAUAGUUCCUCCAGAAGUGAGACCCAAACCAGUCGUUCCUGCCAAGCCCCCAAAUGUGGGGGCUCCUUCACCCUCCAGCCCCUUCCCACCCCAGGGCCCGGGCAUCGGGGGAGGAGGCGGCGUUUCACUUCCUCCAAGUGCCAUUCCAGUCCCCAUCGGGAGUCACGGUCAUAGUGUGGGUCAUAAUGUCGGUCAUGGUGUGGGCCAUGGUGCGGGCCAUGUUGGAGGUCACACUACAGCACACAAUGGAAGUCAUGGUCAUGGAGGCUCCAACAGCUCCAGCGGUGGAUCCACUUUGCUGGGGUACAUUGGUAUCGACACUAUCAUUGAGCAGAUGAGGAAGAAGACCAUGAAGACAGGCUUUGACUUUAAUAUCAUGGUUGUCGGUCACAGCGGUCUCGGAAAGUCAACUCUGGUGAACACCCUAUUCAAGUCCCAGGUGAGCAGGAGGAGCGCAGGAUGGGCCCGUGAUGAGAAGAUCCCCAAAACUGUAGACAUCAAAGCGGUGUCUCAUGUCCUUGAGGAGGGUGGUGUGAAGAUGAAGCUGACAGUCGUCGACACUCCAGGCUUUGGAGACCUAAUUAAUAACGACAACUGCUGGGAGCCCAUUUCCAAGUACAUCAAUGAGCAGUAUGAGAAGUUCCUAAAGGAGGAGGUCAACAUCACUAGAAAGAAGCGCAUUCCUGACACCAGGGUGCACUGCUGUCUAUAUUUUAUCACCCCAACUGGACACUCUCUUCGGCCACUAGACAUCGAGUUCAUGAAGCGCUUGAGUCACUCGGUCAACAUUAUUCCUGUCAUUGCAAAGGCAGACACGAUGACCAUUGAGGAGAGACAGGAGUUCAAACAGCGGGUAAGGAAGGAGCUGGAGAUGGGCGGGAUUGAGUUUUACCCACAGAAAGAGUUUGAUGAGGACAUGGAGGACAAGAGCGACAAUGACAAGAUCAGAGAGGCGAUGCCCUUUGCUGUUGUGGGUAGCGACAAAGAAUAUCAAGUGAAUGGCAAACGAGUUCUGGGGAGGAAGACAGCGUGGGGCAUCGUAGAAGUUGAAAACCCCAACCAUUGUGAGUUUGCUCAGCUGAGAGAUUUCCUGAUCAGGUCUCACCUCCAGGAUUUGAAGGAGGUCACUCACAACAUUCACUACGAAACUUAUCGUGCCAAGAGACUGAACGAGAACGGGGGUCUCCACCCCAUAUCCUCCAAUGACACCCAAGAAAGCAACCUGUAGUCAGUUCAGUCAGAGUGAGAUGAGAAUACAAACGUGCAAUGAAGCGGAUGGAUGAAUCUAUGAAAUAUUAUUAUCAUUAUCACCACGGCAUCGUUGCAUGCUUGAAAAACCUUUUAAUCUUCUACAUAUUCUUCCCCACAAGCACAUAUCAAACCCCUCUGGAUUCAUUUUAAAGCCAUUCCUAUGAAUAUUUGAUUUGAUUUAACUAAUGCCAUUAUACAAUUAACAAUUUAUCAACUGCCAAUGCCUUGUCAUUUAUCAUGAAACAGGUAGUGUAAGAUUAGAAAGUGCCACAUUAUUAUUAGGGGGGGGUUAACAAACAGUACACGCUGUGCUGUCUUCUUUUAUACCCACCCUCACGAAGAAAACAAAUUACUCCAGUGUUCCCUUGUGCUAUUUAUGUUUGAUUUUCCAUUUUUCCAUUUGCUUGCACAAACCUGCAUACUAAAAUGAGAGAAAGCGUCAGUCACAUGUGAAAUGCAAUUCUGUGGGCAGCAGUGUGUGUGUAAUUGUGUGUAAUUAAAUGGUCCACAUGGUGCAUGACUAUGCAUACUGCAGAUUCUGUAACUACAUGGUUCACCAUAAUAGUGCACACAAACUGAAAACUUUAUGAUGAUACAGCUCAGCAUGCUUUGUUACACCACAGUGGGUAUAGAGGAAAGAAAUGUGCUCCAGUGCAUUUUUGCUUGCAUUAGUUGCGUAUGCUCUUGCAAUGACCCCGGAGGAAUCAGUGGUUUUAAUAAAUAUUACUCUUUUUUUCUGGAUUCAGAUUGACAUUGUUAACUAUUUUGACAGCUAAAUGGACAACGUGCACCCAAUUUUAUUUGUUAAUCUAAAAGCCUGCAGCAUGUACUUUCAAGAAAAAACACUACCUUUGCAUGUUUUUUGUAAGGCUCGGUAAAUGUAAUGCAUUUUUCACCUCACUAUACCCACUGGCCUUUCAUGAAAAGAUUUUUUUCUGACCCAAAAGAAAUAGGACCAAUGGUGUAAUUAGUAUACCUGAUGAUAGGUGAACAGAAAACUUUUGAUGUCUUGUGCCAAGUUUUUUGUGAACAUACAGAACUCUGAUGUGGUGACCAAUAUUUGUGUUAAAGGUGGAGUCAGCGAUCCUGGACAAAGAUUGUUAAUAUUUGGACUCAAUACCUAAAGAAAUACACCCCUCCUGUCAGUGCUCCUUUUUCAGUGCCCCUUUACUCCUAUUGACUUUCUCUUUAUACAACCAUGGCCUUUCCCCUGUUCUGUUUGUUUCCCAUUUACAGAGCCAGGACUGUGUAUGAACACACAAUUUCUUUUUCAGCGCACACACAGAGGAGACAGCUAGCGGACCGUGAGGAGAUAAUUGCUGAAUUUGACAAACAGUCUAUUGGAUUAAAACCGCUGACUCCACCUUAAAUGCCUUUUUAAAAUAAAAUCAACAUUGUUCACCACUUGGUGGCAGCACUCUCCCAUGUAUAAGCAGUUACUCGGUAGAACAAGAAAUACUUUGUGUCCUCAGACAUUCCGACUGCUGAGAUUUUUAGAUACAUUUUUACACAGUCCAGUGUUAUUUCCUGAUGAAGUUUACAGAGUUUGGGUCCUCUACUGCUGUCAGUGAUAACUAAGAUUUAUCUCCAGAUCUGGUUUACAAGAAGCUUUAAUGAUAUUACACCAGUGGUAUGCACUCAAAGUGUUGGUGUAAUUAUUCCAAAUCAAUUAGAUUUAUUAAAUUGUAAACAUGUUUACCAAGUUUUUCUCAGAAACAUUUAAACUGUUCUGUCAUGCAGUGUCCGCAGUAGAGCACAAAUAUGCCAAAACUACAAGUAAAUCAAUCUUUCUUUUUUUUAAGUUGAAUCAUCAUUUUAUACACUCAUAUGCAUUUGUGUGAUUUUGAUAUGAAAUGUGACAUCUGCAACAAACUUAGAAUAGUUGUCUGUGAAUUUAGUGCAGUCAAAGGUUUCAAGCAGAAAUUUGAAACAGUGUUUAUGUGUGCAUGCUUGCCUUACACAUCACUGCAAUUCAGAAUGUGUGAUGUGAACAUUAAAUUGCUAUUUCAUGAGGUAAAAACGCUGCUGUCUUAACUCCUGUAACUAAACUGACAGCACACUAUCCACAUAUCACUAAUUCCUUUAAAUCAGUAGAACAUCACUAUGUCCAUUUAUUUAAUAACCACUUUUCUCAAAUUUGCUGUGAUAAAUUGAGAUAUCAUUUUCAGUGUUGUAUUGAGUUAUUUGUACCUUAAUGUCUUUGUCAUUAUUGUAAUUUAUUCUUUAUUUAAUAAAAGGACAUUCCCAUA